GGCGCAGCGCGUGCCAGCACGAGCCUUUCGAAUCUUAAGGACGCGAGACCAACACCUUUCGAAUCGUCGCCAUCGCGCUGAGGAGCAGACGGCAGGAGACAGAUCGCUGCGAUGGGCCAAGUCAUGGGCGUCGAGGCAGAGCAGAGCAGGAUGGAGGCCGCCAGACUGGUGGGACGGGCACAGCGUGGAGGUCUCGAGUCCGAGGAAGCGGCGACGCUAGCCGCCACCGACGACGGACAGACGGCCGAGACGUCCGCGCUGGCCGUCUGCUCGCCGGACAAGGGCUGUCCCGCCCAAGUGGACGGCAGGGGAUGCGGCGAGGACGACGAAGUCUACGACGACGGAGACCGGAGCCCCUUCGAUGACGUCGACCUACGCGACAGCAGUCCCGAGGAUCUGGAGGCACAUGUUCGAGCCCUGCGGUCCAGCUACGACAGUCCGCGUUUCUGUUCCAGCUGGGAAGCCAGCAGGAGCCCGCUGGCCUCUCCCGUGCUGUCGCGGAAGAAGCCUCGCAUUGUCCUGGUGGCCACGCACUCGAACAGCAGUCUACAGGACAGCGGCGGCUCCAGCGCUGCGCGCGGACUCCACCAGACGGCGUGGCGGCAGCAAGCGCUGUGGACGUCGCUGACCGUCACGGCCAUCGUCACCAUGGUGGUCGGCGCCGCCGUCGCGCUGGCCAUCACCACGGCGAGGAGCAACCGACGCUCGCUGGCGCUGAUGCGAGCGCUGCGCCACUGGUACGCCGCCGCCGAGGACAACGGCACCCAGUCGCCCCUCGAGCACGGGCGCAUCCCCGCGCCAGCGGCGACCGGUGUGCCGACGCUGUUCACCGACGCCGGCAACGACACGCGCCACUUCAGGCUGUUGUUUCGGUAGAGAGUGCUGGCACGCGCCUUCCUCGACCUACUCGCGCCGGAGGAAAGCACGCGGCGCGUCGAUAAACUCUGCGCUAUCUUGUGUACAACGCGAAUUACCGCCGCUAGGGCGGUGAUAGUUUUGUUUGUCGAAAGAAAUUUGGAAAGCCAUUGGCUAUAGAUGAAUAA